AUGAGGUGGAACAACAACACCUCAGGCUUUGUGCUUAGAAGGAUGGCACAGCUAGUGAGUGAUGGUAGUAGGCCUAACAAGGUGUUUAAAGACAAGGUUGUCAACUAUGUAGCCAAGGCCCUUAAGGAGUAUAGUGGGGAGGAUUUGAGCCCAACUCAGGUGUACAACCACCUAAGGAAGUGGAGGCAGAAGUGGUCUAGGGUCUGUAAGCUUAAAUACCUUAGUGGAGCCUUGUUUGACACUGAUACAAAUGCUAUAAUGCUUGAGGGAGAGCACUACCUUUCGCACUGCAAGGACCAUCCUAAAGAUGCAGACUUUCUAAACACUCCUAUAAGGUUCUACUCAGAGAUGGAGGCUAUCUUUGGCCAUGCAAUGGCCACUAGUAAGUUUGUUGUAGGAUCUGGUGAAGCUCUUUGGGUUAACCAAGCUGAAAGUAUGGCUGCUAUGGCUGAGGGCUCUGCCUCCAACCAUGUUUGUGAGGAGAAAACCAACACUGAAGUUGAUGAUGUCAACAAUGUUGCCAAUGCACUUAGGGAGACUAGACCAGCCCAUGUUGAUGCUAACCUCUACCUUGUUAUCAUGGAGAUGUAUGGCUUUUCUUAG